AUGAGAGCAAUGAGGGAGAGCUUUCAAGCAAGUGGUGACGAAAGCUUUGUUGUUUUGCAGACGCACUUCUACAAGUGGAUCAGGGACCACAGGACCCACCACAAGUUCACAGAUAGCGCAGCCGAUCCACACGACGCCAACCGCGGCUUCUUCUUCUCCCACGUCGGCUGGCUGAUGAUGAAACGUCAUCCUGCUGUCAUAAAGUACGGUAAAAAGAUCGACAUGAGUGACAUCGAGGCUGAUCCUGUUAUAUGCUUCUUCGACAAGUGA